AUGGCUAGUACAAAAACUGUGAUCAUUCUUGGUGCAGGAUGGACGGGUUUACCUCUUGCCCAUAAGCUGCUCAAAUACACAUCCAUAAAGACCAGCCUCAGAGUCAUCCUAAUAUCUCCAAACAGCCAUUUCUUCUGGAAUGUUGCAGCCACCAGAGCUCUUAUUCCUGGAAUGAUACCAGAUGAAUCUAUGUUUAUCCCAAUUGCAAAUGGAUUUGCGCAUUAUCCAGUUGAAACAUUCGAAUUUAUCCUCGGCAGAGCUACAGGGAUCCAACCAUCCUCGAAUUCGGUUGCUGUCCUUACCAACAACGGCGAAAGCCGUACGUUUCAUUAUCAUCAUUUAGUAAUCGCAACAGGCUCCAGCAUAGCCAGCGGACUACCUCUCAAGCCUAUCGGCACGCAUGAAGAGACUCUAACCGCGUGGCAUGAUCUACAAGCAAAGAUCAGCGAUGCGAGGGAUAUCAUCGUUGCUGGCGCAGGCCCAACUGGUGUCGAGGUAGCGGGUGAAUUAGCCGCCAAGUUUGGAAAGCUGAAAAGGAUCACGCUUAUCAUGCAUGGAGAUGCCCCCUUGGAGAAUUCUCGGGAUAUACUCCCCUCUAUUCGAACAACUCUGGACAAAGACCUGCAAAAGCUUGGCGUCAAGCUCAUCCGCAAAACACGUGUAGAAACCGUUAGUGUAGGAAAUGAUGGCAAGACACAGGUUUUGAGUUUGGACAAUGGAUCAACGGUUGUCACUGACUUAUAUCUUCCAUUACUUGGCAUUCGACUGAACAACAGCUUCGUUACCGACAGCUUUCUUGACUCUCAUGGCAGCGUGAAGCUCGAUUGCAAUAUGCGCGUGGUUGGCAUAGAGAAUGUUUGGGCCAUUGGUGACGUGAGUACUGCUGGUCCAAAGCAGCUCACAGUCACAGAUAACCAGAUAAUUUACUUAGCUAGCGCAUUGGAUGCUGCCUUGACGGAGAAAGGGCCUGUGACACCUUACCAACCUAUAAGACAAACGAUGGUCUUUCUCUCACUAGGAAAAAAGUACGCGGCGGGACAGAUAGGCAACUGGAGAUUGUGGGGAGUAUUAGUUUCAUACGUCAAGGGUAGAAACUUGUUUAUAGAUACAGCACGUGGGUAUGUUGGGGGGAAGCAUCUCAGGCAUGCCCCAAUGUAA